ACAACACAACACAGUGUGUAGUGUGUACCAUGGCCGACAGUAUGUCAAAUCCCCGAUGUGUAUUGCUGUUUAGCGGAAAACGGAAGUCUGGUAAAGAUUACAUAGUCGAAACUCUACUACAAAGAGUGGCCGUGCGGUUCUAGGAGCUACAGUCUGGAGCCGAGCGACCGCUCCGGUCGCAAGUUCGAAUCCUGCCUCGGGCAUGGAUGUGUGUGAUGUCCUUAGGCUGAAGCCUAAUGAUGCUGUGGUACUGCGGUUGUCAGCACCAAUCAAAAAAUAUUGGGCUGAAAGUAAGGGUCUCGAUUUUGAUCAGCUGCUUGGUACAGGCGCAUACAAAGAAAAUUAUCGGCUAGAAAUGAUACGUUGGGGAGAGUCAGUCAGGGCCAGAGACCCAGGCUACUUCUGUCAGCGUGCAAUAGAAAUGUCCAACGGUACCCAAUUCAGUGUGUGGAUUGUGAGUGAUACCAGGAGACUGUCUGAUUUGAAAUGGUUCUUGGAUAACUGUGGUGGGCCCUCUGUGGUUCACACUGUAAGAGUUGUUGCUGAUGAUGCAGUCCGGAAACAGCGUGGGUGGAUGUACACGCCAGGUAUUGAUGAUGCUGAAUCUGAGUGUGGCCUUGAUUCCAUUACUGAUUGGAACUGGACAAUUUCCAAUAAUGGUAAAGGCACAGAAGAAAUAGAAGCUAUUUUACAGAACAUCGUGCAGUGGGUGAACUCUGCAACUUCAGUGACUCGAUGACAACCUUCUGGCGCAAAUUAUAGAAUAAGUGUUCAGCCAUUCAUCUUGUCUUUUGCCUAAAACCUCCUUCAGGCAUAAAAUGAUGUAGUGUGACCAUUGUUAAAGAUACUGGUUGUAAAUUCAUUUGAUCAUUUGAUGCAUCAGCGGUAGCAUUGUUCAGGUAUAAGAUUGCGGUACAUUUGAAAUUUUAGGUUUUUUAGGCAGACAUUCCAUAAAUUCUUGGUAGUAUUUAUGCAAGGCACUGGAAAAACAUUUUUUGUAAUAAAGUGUAUAGUGUUAAAAUGUACUGUUUGAACUGUGCAAAAAAGAUUUUAAUAAAAUGUUUAAAUUUUU